AUGGUCACUCACAGAGGGAUCGAAGCGAAUCCGGAUCAAAUCAGAGCAAUACAGGAUCUUGAAGUACCAACAAAGGCUAAAGAGUUGCAGAAACUUGCCGGAAUGGCAGCCACACUGAAUCGGUUUAUUAGCAAAUCCUCAAAUCGGAUGAAGCCCUUCUUUCAGCUUUUAAGGAAAAAGGCAACAUUUGAAUGGAGUAGCGAAUGUACCGAAGCACUGCGAAGUCUCAAAAUAUACCUCAACACACCUCCUCUACUGUCCACUCCAGAGCCGGGAGAAGAGCUGUACCUCUAUCUAGCAGUCUCAGAUCAUGCCAUGACCGCAGUAUUAAUUCAAGAGGUUAACAAGGAACAGAGGCUUGUAUAUUAUGUUAGCAAGACUUUAUUAGAUGCUGAGACACGGUAUCUACCGUUGGAAAAAUUAGCAUACACGCUGCUUAUCGCUUCAAGAAAGCUGCAACAUUACUUCCAGGGGCAUACUAUAAACGUCCUCACUAAAUUCCCCUUCAGAUCUGUGUUCAGCCGAGCCGAUUUCUCUGGCCGAACAGCAAAAUGGGCAGUAGAACUUGGAGUAGUACAUAUUUCACCAGAAGGGUUUAUCUGGGAACAGGCUCUCAGACUCGGUUGGAAGGCUUCAAACAACGAGGCCGAGUACGAAGUGUUAUUGGCUUGCUUACGUAGCGCCGAACACUUCAGUGCAAAACAACUUCUUGUUUUCAGCGAUUCACAACUAGUGGUCAACCAGCUUUCUGGGGUUUAUGAAACACGAGAUGAAAGAAUGGCUAUGUACGCAGGAAAAGCCAAGGACCUGCUCAGAAAAUUUCAAUCCAUACGAGUGGAACGAAUCAGUUGGGGCAAAAACAGCCACGCUGAUGCUCUGGCAUGCCUAGGUUCAUCAGUGGAUACAAAGGAUGCCCGAAAAGUUUGGGUUGAGUUUGUACCAGAACCGAGUAUUGCGUCUCCAGUCCUCUGCAACAACUUAGAGCCGAGCUGGAUGGAUCUGAUAUUUGCUUUUCUGAAAUUUGGUACACUCCCUGAAGACAAAAGGGAAGCCAACAAGGUCAGACAUAAGUCAGCUCGAUUCUGGAUCUCACCAUCUGGGAAGCUAUACAGACGCUCCUACCUUGGCCCCUACCUCUUAUGUGUGCAUCCAAAUCUCGUCAAGAAUGUUCUCUACGAAAUUCACGAUGGGAUUUGUGGAUGCCACGUUGGCGGAAGGUCACUGGCACACCGAGCCCUCACUCACGGGUACUGGUGGCCACGGAUGCAACAAGAUGCGCAGUAG